AUGGCGGACUAUCAAUACGAUCCCCGAUCACCCACGCACCGUCCGCGCGCCUACCCCGAUGCGAACAACCACCAGCGAGAUGCUGCCUUCUCCAACAUCUUUGGCGCCGCCCCUCCGCCGGGCCGUUCGCAGACCAUGACCUCGUCCUCGCAUCCCGCCGUGGAGCAGGGCGGGAUGCAGUCCAUGUCGUCGAUGGGUUCUGGUCCUGGGUCGGGGUCUGGGCCCGGGCCUGGCCAGCAUCAGCGACCCCCAUCCAGGCAACAGUCCCAGAACUACUACGGCGAACGCGAGCCCAUGUCUGCGAGGAAUCGGCACCCUGACCCCAACGGGUACCAUCCCGGGCCGCGCUCUGCCUCUGGCGGGCAGCUACCGCCUCAACAGUCGCACUAUAUGCCUCCGCAGCAGCAGCAGGCCAGGCGGCCCUAUCCUGGCCCUGGAAGCCCGCUGCCUCCACGGUUCGAGUCUCGCAACGCCGUGCCACCGUCACCCGGUCCGAGACACCAGCCGUAUAGGCCCUAUCAGGGAGGCCCUGGUCCCGCCCUCAACAGCGAUCCAUAUCGCUCCCAGUCUCUUGCCUCGGGGCCCCGACCGCAGAUGUACAAUGCUCCGCAGGGUCCCUACCAGCAGCAGUCGCCGGCGAACCACUUUCGAAAUGCUCAGUACGGUCAUCAAAACUCGGCGAGGACGACGGCUCAGGGUAGAGUCGUUCCGGAGCGGCACGACGACCGAGCAAUGUCGCUGUCUGGGUCGUACCAUCCGCAGGACAGAGAUUCCCACCAGACCAUGAGCGGCCGAAUCAUCCCCAAUCGCCGUGCGCCGUCCGAUGCGUCGACCAUCUCGAACGGGUAUCCGCCGCAGAAUGCAGGAUACCCCGGCGCCCCCGGCUCCCAGACGCGCACGACGAGGGCCCCGUCGUCCGGGUCCGUCCCUGACCACUCGAGAACGAUGUCGAUGGCUUCCAGCAUAGCCCCGACCAUCACUCCGUCCGAGUCGGACGCCUCCACCCUCGUCCAGCGGCCCUCCAGGAGCAAGUCGAUCGAAAGUGAUCGCCCUGCCACCGCAACCAAGAUACGACCGCCGCUCGUCUACCCGGCUUUGCUCUCGAGGGUGGCCGACUGCUUCCGGCGAAAGAUCAUAAUCGGCGACCGAACCAAGAACGAGCUCACGUACAAGAACGCCUUCAGCGGAUCCGAGGCCGUCGAUGUCCUGUCCUACAUCAUCAGGACGACGGACCGGAACCUAGCGCUGCUGCUCGGCCGGUCCCUGGACGCGCAAAAGUUCUUCCACGACGUGACGUACGAGCAUCGGCUGCGAGACUCGCAGUCGGAAAUGUAUCAGUUCAGGGAGACGCUGAUGGACGAGCCGGAGGACAAGCCUCCGGUCAACGGCGUUUUCGUCCUGCUCUCGGAGUGCUACUCGCCCACCUGCACGCGAGACCAACUCUGCUACUCCAUCGCUUGUCCUCGCCGUCUGGAGCAGGUCUCGAGGUUGAACCUGAAGAUGGGGCCCGGCCUGCGCAAGGAAGAUUCGGCCAACGUCAACGACGACGAGGUUGACCAGACGGACGAGCAGAAGCUCUGGAUCAACUCGGUGCCCAAGGAAGUCGCCGACGCCGUUUCCGAGAGGGAGAAGAAGAGGCAGGAAGUCAUCUCCGAGAUAUGCUACACCGAACGCGACUUCGUCAAGGACUUGGAAUACCUCCGCGACUUUUGGGUCCUGCCCCUGCGAUCAAAGGCUUCGCCUAUUCCCCUGCAGCGCCGGGAAAAGGUUGUCAAGAACAUAUUCAGCAACAUUGUCGAUCAUCCGAGCAUUCAUACCGUCAGCUCGCGCUUUGCGACCUCGUUGACGGCGCGGCAGCAGAAGGAUCCCAUUGUGUACAACUGCGGCGACAUCUUCCUCGAGUUCGUGCCGCAGUUUGAGCCCUUCAUCUACUACGGCUCGAGGCAGCUGGAAGGCAAGUUUGAGUUUGAGAAUGAGCGAUCCAUCAACCCUCCCUUCGGCAAGCUCGUGGACGAGAUUGAGAGACGCAAGGAGUCACGAAAGCUGGAGCUCAACGGCUACCUCACCAAACCCACGACCCGUCUCGCACGAUACCCACUCCUGCUCGAGAAUGUUCUCAAGUACACGGAGGACGGGAACCCUGACAAGGAGCACAUCCCCAAGGUUCUGACCAUGAUCAGGGAUUUGCUUGGCCGAGUCAACGCCGAGUCGGGCAAGGCCGAGAACCGGUUCAACCUGAGGCGAUUGCACGAGCAGCUGCGCUUCAGACCCAACGAGAGGGUUGACCUCAAACUCACCGAGGAGGGCCGCGAGCUCGUCUUCAAGAGCCAGCUGAAGAAGUCCCCGACCGACCCCAUGGAGAUCACCUCAUUCCUCUUCGACCACGCCGUCCUGCUUGUGCGUAUCAAGCAGAAUGGAAAGAACGAGGAGAUCAAGGCUUACCGACGGCCCAUUCCCUUGGAGCUUCUCGCCAUUCGCGAGAUGGACGAGGUCAUCCCUGACGGCGUCAAGAGGUCGUCGUCGAGUCUGAUACCGUCCAUCAGAACCAACACUGGCGAUGCCAAGAAGGGGGAAGGGUGGCCGAUUACUUUCCGCCAUCUGGGCAAGGCCGGUUAUGAGCUUACACUCUACGCCGCCAACCAGGCGGCCCGCAAGAAGUGGCUCGAGUUCAUCGACAACGCGCAGCAGCGCCUCCGCGCUCGUGCCGACUUCAUCAACACGACCAUCAUCUCGAGCAACUUCUUUGUGGGCACGAACCAAGUCAACUGCGUCACACCCUUUGAUGGUGGACGUAAGCUCCUAUUCGGUACAGACAACGGAAUCUACCUGGCGGAUCGCAAAAACAGAGAGCAGGUUCCAAGAAGAGUGCUGGAGACGACAAACGUGACGCAGAUUGACAUCUUGGAAGAGUACCAACUGCUGUUGGUGCUGUCGAACAAGACGCUGCAGUCGUACACGUUGUCCGCACUGAACCCCGACGAGCCGGCGCUUGCCAAGAGGCCGAAGAAGAUCCAGAACCACUGCAGCUUCUUCAAGACAGGCAUCUGCCUGGGCAGACAUCUCGUCUGCUGCGUGAAGUCGUCAGCAUUGUCGACGACGAUUAAAGUUUUUGAGCCGAACGACGCCAUGACCAAGGCGAAGAAGCAGAAGGGUCUGGGCAAGUUCAUGACGGGCGGGCAGGACGAGCUGAGGCCGUUCAAGGAGUUUUACAUCCCCACGGAAUCGUCUUCGGUCCACUUCCUCAAGUCGAAACUCUGCGUCGCCUGCGCAAGGGGCUUCGAGGUGGUAUCGCUGGAGACGCUGGAGACGCAGUCGCUGCUGGACCAAGCCGACACCUCGCUCGACUUCGUCGCUCGCAAGGAAGGUGUCCGGCCCAUUCACAUUGAACGUCUCAACGGAGAGUUCUUGCUGAACUACUCGGAGUUUUCUUUUUUCGUCAACAGGAACGGGUGGCGGGCCAGGCCGGAGUGGCGUCUCGACUGGGAGGGCACGCCUCAGAGCUUCGCUCUCAGCUAUCCUUGGAUCCUCGCGUUCGAGCCCAACUUUAUCGAGCUGCGAAACAUCGAGAGCGGUGCCGUUCACAUUGUGCCCCACAAGAACAUCAGAAUGCUUCACAGUAGCACUCACGAGAUUUUGUUUGCGUACGAGGACGAACGGGGGGAAGACGUCGUCGAAGCCAUCGACUUUUGGAAGAACAACCGUAAAUCGGAACUGCCCCCUGCAUCCGUCACUUCCACACAGUUCAGCAACAUUGAUUCCCUGCGAUAG